UUUGACCACUCUCUUUCUCCCCCACUCAGUCACUCUUGUUUAGUUACUACCAGCUCUAUCCAUUACAACAAUUUCACCGGAAAGCUAAACCCUCAAAACCCCUCGUCUGAAGCUUUACAAAGAUGCAAUCUUUCCAUAUCCAAACCCCUCCUUCUCUCUUCUCUCUCAUCCCUCCUAAACCCAUAAACCCUAGAAAACCCUGGAAAUCAUCAAAUUCUAAUUUCUCCCACUUGUUGUUCCCCUCUCUCAAAUUCCCAGCUCCCAGAGCAUUCAGCUCCGAUGAAUUCCCCGUCGACGAGUCGUUUCUGGAGGCAUUCGGCCCCAAAGACAGGGACACCGAGGACGAAGCUCGCCGCAAGAACUGGAUUGACCGUGGCUGGGCUCCCUGGGAGGAGAUCCUCUCCCCCGAAGCCGAUUUCGCGAGAAAAUCUCUUAAUGAAGGGGAAGAAGUGCCGUUGCAAAACCCCGAUUCUAUCGAGGCUUUUAGAAUGUUGAUUCCUAAGUAUAGGAAGCAGAAAAUGAAGGAUUUGGGGUUGACUGAAGAUGAGUAUUUGGCUAAGCAGUUUGAGAUUAAGGGCGAAAAGCCCGAGCCUUUGACUACAAUGUGGGCUGGUCCGCUGGUGGUUCGACAUGUUCCGCCUAGGGAUUGGCCUCCCCGAGGGUGGGAGGUGGAUAAGGAGGAGCUGGAGUUUAUUAGGGAAGCGCAUAAGUUGAUGGCGGUCAGAGUUGAUUAUGAUAAUGUGGAGAAGGUGUCGAGUACAGAUACGGAUAAGUUGUGUUUAGAUAGGUAUAAGAUGUUCUUGAAGCAGUAUAAGGAGUGGGUUGCCGCGAAUAAGGAAAGACUGGAGGAGGAGUCUUACAAGCUUGACCAGGAUUAUUACCCUGGCAGGAGAAAAAGAGGCGAGGAUUACGAAGAAGGCAUGUAUGAGUUACCAUUUUAUUAUCCUGGACAAAUUUGUGUAGGUAAAGUGACCACUUUGCAUCUUUAUCAAGGAGCAUUUGUUGACAUUGGAGGUGUCCAUGAUGGGUGGGUUCCUAUAAAACGUAAUGACUGGUAUUGGAUUCGCCAUCACAUAAAAGUCGGUAUGACAGUUACUGUGGAAAUUUUGGCAAAGCGAGAUCCCUAUCGAUUUCGAUUUCCCAUAGAGAUGCGUUUUGUUGAUCCUAACAUAGAUCAUCUGAUCUUUAACAGAUUUGAAUUCCCACCAGUAUUUCAUCGGGAAGAAGAUGCUAAUCCAGACGAGUUACUUCGUGACAGUGGAAGGCCUCCUGUUCCGAGAAAGGAUCCUGGAAUUAAAGUAGAGGAGGAACCUUUAUUAUCAAACCACCCAUAUGUUGACAAGCUAUGGCAGCUUCAUAAUGCUGAACAACUUAUAUUGGAUGACUAUGAGAUUAAUCCUGAAAAAUACAAGGAUAAAAACCUAAAAGAUUUGACCGAUGACGAGGAGUUUGAUGAAGAAAAUAGUGUUGAAUACACUAAAACUUAUUAUAAGAAACAGCUGCUUCCUAAAAUGAUUGUGAAAGUAAGUGCGAAAGAACUUGACAUGGAAGCUGCACUCGCUGAGCGACUGCAUAAUAACAAAUUAAGAAAGGAAGCUGAAAAAAGAGGAGAGAAGUUUAAAGUGCACAAAUUGAGAAGAAACGAAGAGAUGGAUGAAUAUGAUUUUAUUCAUUGGCGUCGAUCAUUCGAGGAAAGAGAGGCAUUGAUUAGAGAUAUUAGUUGUCGUCAAGCCCUUGGCCUUCCAUUGAAAGAGCCUGGAAGGUAUGUUGAUGCCAGCCGGUUUGGGAAGGAUCAAUAUGACCCUGAUAACCCUCUAUAUCGGUAUGAUUACUGGGGUGAACCUAAAAAUUCUGAGAAAAGCAAGCAAGACCGGAUGACAGACGCACACAACAAGUCUAUUGUUGGGAAGGGAACUGUUUGGUAUGAAAUGUCCUAUGACGAUGCAAUUAAACUGCAGGAGCGAAGAGAAGCACAGGCGAAGCUUAAGAAAUCACAUGAUGAAGCUGAUACAGCUAAAGAUCAGAGUGACGAGGAUAGUGACAGUGACGAUGAUUUUGAUUACAGCAUCUUAAGUGAGCCUACUGAAAAUGAAUCUGAUCAGCCUGUUGUCAAUGGGACCCAAUCAUCCAGACUGUCAUCAGAUGACGGAAUGUUUGAGAAUUGACACGUUGAAAGUAUCAAACAUUGUUGUAUGUAUAGCAGAUUAGAAACUUGUCACCAGAGCAGAUUAGAAAAUUUUGUUACCUGAGCACCUAUAAUGUUCUGAUUCCUAUUUGUACUUUAUAUAGUAGUAGAGCAACAUGAUUACAGUCACAUGUUAGGCACAAUGACAAUACUUUUCUGUUGGAAAAAAAAUAUAACUUCUCUUCUCAAAAUUUCCAAUUACAUCAACGAAAAGGUCAAAAAAAAAAAAAAAAAGGAACAAAA